CUUAUCUUCUUUCGUCGUCUCAAAGCGGCGCCAGUCUCUCCCUCUCUUUCUCUCUCGUUCUCUUUGCGUUUCUUUACCUUUUUUCUCAUUUUAUCUGUCGUCGUGGAGAAUGCGAUUCGAGGAAUAUUACAGGUCAAGCGCCGGGAAAUGGCUGGGGUUCGUGACCGCCGUUUGGGUGCAAGCCAUAUCGGGAAACAAUUACACGUUCUCCAACUAUUCCGACGCGCUCAAGACUCUCAUGAACCUCACUCAGCUGCAACUCAACAACUUAUCUGUCGCUAAAGAUGUUGGAAAAGCUUUUGGUCUCUUGGCUGGUUUGGCCUCCGAUCGCCUCCCAACUCCGGUUAUUCUCCUAAUUGGCUCCGUUGAAGGACUCGUUGGAUAUGGUGCUCAGUGGCUCGUUGUUAGUCGGAGAAUCAAACCUCUAUCUUACUGGCAGAUGUCUGUGUUUUUAUGCUUGGGAGGUAAUAGCACGACGUGGAUGAACACGGCGAUUCUCGUAACUUGUAUUCGAAAUUUCCGGCGGAAUAGGGGGCCGGUUUCCGGGAUACUAAAAGGUUACGUAGGGUUGAGCACGGCCAUUUUUACCGACCUCUGCGCUGCAUUGUUCUCGGAUGAUCCGUCCACGUUUCUUCUCAUGCUGGCACUUGUUCCUUUGGCCGUUUGCCUAACCGCUAUAUUCUUCCUCCGUGAGGUCCCCGUGGCCACCACCGUUGCCGAAGAGAAGGAAGAGUCUCGCUACUUCACUGUCUUCAACAGCGUCGCCGUCGUCGUAGCUGUGUAUCUCCUCGUCUACGAUUUGACAGGUCCAAAAAGCCAACCGAUCUCCACCGCGUUCGCCAUUGUUCUCCUCGUUCUGUUAGCUUCUCCGUUGGCUGUUCCUCUGUAUUGCUUCAUGCGGAGCUGGAAUUCGGCUCCGCAUAGAGUGGAAGACGUAGAGGAACAGGCAGAGCAGCCGCUGCUGAAACAGGAAAUUAGGCCGGAGAAUACGGAGAGUACGCCGGCGGAAGCUGAGCCGGUUGAGACGAAGAGGAAGCCGGUACUGGGAGAAGAGCACACGAUCAUCGAAGCGCUGUUGACCUUUGAUUUUUGGAUAUUGUUCUUGUCGUUUCUGUGCGGCGUAGGGACGGGGUUGGCGGUGAUGAAUAACAUGGGGCAGAUCGGGUUCGCUUUGGGAUACGCCGACGUUUCGAUCUUCGUGUCCAUGACGAGUAUUUGGGGAUUUUUUGGACGGAUCGGUUCCGGAACUGUCUCAGAAUAUUUUCUCAAGAAAGCUGGAACACCAAGGCCUCUAUGGAAUGCGGCUUCACAGAUAUUAAUGGCUGUUGGGUACAUUCUCAUGGCCCUAGCAAUGCCCGGUUCUCUCUACCUCGGUUCAAUUGUUGUCGGCAUCUGUUACGGAAUCCGUCUAGCCGUCACGGUCCCAACCGCCUCUGAACUUUUUGGCCUCAAAUACUACGGUCUUAUCUACAACAUCUUAAUCCUCAAUCUCCCACUUGGCUCCUUCCUCUUCUCCGGCCUUCUGGCCGGUAUUCUCUAUGAUAGAGAAGCUACUCCGAUUCCUGGAGGCGGCAACACUUGUGUCGGAGCUCAUUGUUAUAGGCUUGUUUUCAUCAUUAUGGCCGUAGCUUGCGCUGUUGGAUUUGGUUUGGACAUUUUACUUGCACUUAGAACGAGAAAUGUUUACUCGAAAAUUCACAGGACCCGCAAGUCGAAAAAAUUGGUGGACUCUUCAAGCAAUCGUUGAUUGAUUAGCUGCGUUGAGAUGGAUGAGCAUCUAAGCUCAUUUGACAUCCUGAACUUUACUGGUUAUUUUCAAAACAAAGGCAUAUAAUUUUUGAGAGAUAUAAGUGCCUUUGCUCAUGACCUUGGUAGGGAGUUCAGUUGAUGAAAUGAUAUGUGUAAUCUGUAAUCCUGUUUGGCCGUUAGGUGUGUGUCUACAAAUUCUACAUCUUAUUCUUUAAUGAUCAUUUAUUUAUCUGA